AUGGCUGCCAACAACAUGGUCAAUCCCGCCGUGGACCCCAACAUUGAGGACGAGCUCUUCGCGAAGGAGGUGGCCGAGGUCAAGAAGUGGUGGAGCGAGCCAAGAUGGCGGUACACCAAGCGCCCUUUUACCGCUGAGCAGAUCGUCAACAAGAGAGGCAACCUCAAGAUCGAGUAUGCCAGCAAUGCCCAGGCCAAGAAGCUGUGGAAGAUUCUUGAGGGGCGGUUCCAGAACAAGGAUGCCAGUUACACAUACGGCUGCUUGGAGCCAACAAUGGUGACCCAAAUGGCCAAGUACCUCGACACAGUCUAUGUUUCCGGCUGGCAAUCAUCAUCAACGGCCUCUGCCUCUGACGAGCCCGGCCCGGAUCUUGCUGAUUACCCUUAUACUACCGUCCCCAACAAGGUCGGCCAUCUCUUCAUGGCCCAGCUUUUCCACGACCGCAAGCAGCGUCAGGAGCGUCUCUCCGUUCCCAAGGCGCAGCGCGCCAAGCUCGCCAACAUCGACUACCUCCGUCCCAUCAUCGCCGAUGCCGAUACCGGUCACGGUGGUCUUACCGCCGUCAUGAAGCUCACCAAGCUCUUCAUUGAGAAGGGUGCUGCUGGUAUUCACAUCGAGGAUCAGGCCCCUGGCACCAAGAAGUGCGGCCACAUGGCCGGCAAGGUUCUCGUCCCCAUCUCCGAGCACAUCAACCGUCUGAUUGCCAUCCGUGCCCAGGCCGACAUCAUGGGCUCUGACCUCCUGGCCAUUGCCCGUACUGAUGCCGAGGCUGCCACCCUCAUCACCACCACCAUCGAUCCCCGCGACCACGCCUUCAUCCUCGGCACCAACAACGCCGACCUCCCCGACCUCAACGAGCUCAUGAUUGCUGGUGAGAAGGCCGGCAAGAACGGCGCCGAGCUCCAGGCCAUCGAGGACCAGUGGCUCGCCAAGGCCAACCUCAAGCGCUUCGACGACCACGUCGUGGACGCCAUCCUCUCCUCCAACCUCCCCAACCAGAAGGCCCUCGCCCAAAAGUACCGCGACAGCGUCAACGGCAAGCAGCUCUCCAACAAGGAGGCCCGCGCCGUCGCCCGCGGCAUCCUCGGCAAGGACAUUUACUUCAACUGGGACGCCCCCCGCACCCGCGAGGGCUACUACCGUCUCGAGGGCGGCUGCGACUGCUCCAUCAACCGCGCCAUCGCCUACGCCCCUUACUGCGACGCUAUCUGGAUGGAGUCCAAGCUCCCCGACUACAAGCAGGCCGAGGAAUUCGCCAAGGGCGUCCACGCCGUCUGGCCCGAGCAGAAGCUCGCCUACAACCUGUCUCCCUCUUUCAACUGGAAGACCGCCAUGCCCAGAGAGGAGCAGGAGACCUACAUCAGACGCCUGGCUGGCCUGGGUUACUGCUGGCAGUUCAUUACCCUCGCUGGUCUUCACACCACCGCCCUUAUCAGCGACAAGUUUGCCAGCGCGUACAGCAAGAUUGGCAUGAGGGCGUAUGGCGAGCUGGUGCAGGAGCCUGAGAUGGAGGGCGGUGUGGAUGUGGUCAAGCAUCAGAAGUGGUCGGGUGCCACGUACGUGGACGAGCUGCAGAAGAUGGUGACUGGUGGUAUUAGCAGUACGGCUGCUAUGGGUAAGGGUGUGACGGAGGAUCAGUUCCAUUAAGGGGCGCAUAAAAAGGGGUUUUCUUGUCUUUCUGAUUUUGUGAUAAAGCUUUUUGCGUGGCUCAUUAUUUUUUUGGGUAAUUAGAUAACUCUGAGAGUAUUCGGAGAAAGAAUGGAUUGGAUGAUG